AUGGCCGCACAGAAGUCGGCGACCUUCUACUACCUUGACCUUGGCAGGCUGGGUCGGGGAGAAGUUGUCAAUCUUUUCUUAAAAGACGCUGGCAUUGCCUGCAAAGAUAUUCGCUAUCAGUAUGAUGAUACCUGGGCUCAAAAGAGUAAGACGCUCCAGGAUCAGGGUAUCACAAGAACAGGAAAAUUGCCCGCGGUCGAGUAUCAGGGAUUGAUCCUUACGCAACACAUCCCAACCUUGCGUUACUUUGCUCGAGACCUCGGUUCUUAUGAUGGGGAGACCAACAAAGAGAAAUAUGUGGUUGACUGUGUCUCGGAUAUCUACGUCGAUUGGAGAGCCCAAUGGGUAGCCAACCUAAGCAACAAGACGGAUAAGUACAAGGAUGAGGUUGUGCCUGAGUACCAUCGCCUUUUGGAACAGUACUACAGCGAAAAUGGUGGCCCGUACCUCCUGGGUGACAAGAUCACUUACGCUGAUUUUGCGGUCUACCAAUCCAUUGAUAAUGAUGAGAGAACUGGAACUCUGCCGUCAUCUCUCUCUCAGCCCCUUCUCAAGCUUUGCGAGGCUAUCGAGAAGCGACCCAAUAUUUCUGAGUAUAUUCGAGAGACUCGUGUGAAGAAAGACUAA